UCCAACAUUCUGCCGGCCCGUUUAUGUUGGAUAAGUGAGACUCUACUGUAUUUCUGUAUCUGUUUCUAUUUGCACGCUUGGAUUUCUUUUCCUUUGAAUAAAAAUUACGAAUACAUCUUACAAUCACAUAUAGAGACUUAAAUAUAAAUCUCCCAAAGAGGAGAGGAGUUCAAGUCUUCAUUGUCUUUGAGGUUCACCCUUGAAGAUCACGGAGAAGUUAUUUCCCAUCCAACUGCUGGACAUAUCAGCCCAGUCUGGUUAAUAAAUGGACAAGUAACACUGGGUUCUUUGUCAGGUUGAAUAUGAAUUAGGCAGAUUGUGGGUCAAUCCCCUGCCCCCCAAAACCCUGUCAGUAUUCCAAGUUGACUAUGUUGGGUGCGUGUGCCAAGUUUGGUCCAUAUCCAUUGCUCGCUGAAUUUUACCUAAACUUGGCACACACACACACACCCAACAUAGUUUGGGGAGAAAUGACCCACCAUUUUGGGAAUUGUAGUCCACCCAUAAUCAAAGAACACUGUGAACCCAAAUGACAGUGGAUCUGGACAAAACUUGGCACACAUAGGCAUCAUGACCAACAGAAAAUAACGUUGGAAUUUGGGGGAGGGUGUUGACGCAUGAUGUUGGAAACUGUAGUUCCCCCAAUAUCAAAGAACAUUGAAUACUGCUUUGUUGGAUCAUUUUGUCUCAUAGCCCCCAUUGCUGGGGUGGCUGCCAAGGGAGCGGAAAUGGUCAGCGUUUCUAAUGCUGACAGAACUCUAGGCCGCCCAGGCCAGCCCCCUUCUGCCACCAAGGAAGCACAAGGCAACCCCUCCUUCCUGGCACCCCUCUUUCUUCCUUCCCUUUCCCUUUCCCUUCCCCAUUCUCUCUGCCAAAGAUCCCACCUAAAAUGGCGCCGCUCCGCUCUGGCUGUCUCUCCGGAGCCUCCUCAGCGCCUCCUUCCCGCCAAUUCCAACGGUCUCCUCCGGCCCUCUCCCCCGGAAGUGACGUCAGAGGCUCCGCGUCCCGCCUGCCUUGUUGCCACGCGAGGCCUCCAACUCCCAGAAGCCUCAGCUGCUUCGGCGGGCGGGCGGGGAUGCUGGGAGUUGGAGUCCCAGGCGCUGAGGAGAAAAGAAAGCGAGGCUCCUGCUGCUCUGAGGGAAGGAGAGCCGCCUCCGAGGACGACGAAGGGCUUCCUCAGGGGCCGAGGCAGGCCGAAGAAGGGGAACUCCAGGACCCAUUUCCAGCCUCUGCCAGCCUUAGAGGAGGCUGUUGUGUCUUUCUCUGAGGAGUGGAGUAUUCUGGAUCAGGUUCUGCUGGGCUUCGUGUGUAGGAGAUAGAGUGGAGACUUGUGAGAACAUGACACCAAGAAAUCGGAAGAAGAACAUGAAACGCAAGGAGCCAGCAGUAACAAAGUCUGGCAUGGAAAAACAGGUGUUUGGAAAGCAAAAGAGAAUGAAAACAGAACACAUAACCCAAGUGAAAAAAGACAAGAGCUCCUCUUCCUUCAAACACGCUGAACAUUCUGAAUCUUGUACCUCAGAAUCAAAUAAAACGGAAUGUCCAGACUGUGGGGAAAUGUGUAAAUGUCAUGCACAGUUAAACAUAGGAGACAAACCAUAUAAAUGCAUGGAAUGUGGAAAGGGCUUCAGUCAGAAAGCAACUCUACAGGUACAUCAAAGAAUACACACAGGAGAGAAGCCAUACAAAUGCAUGGAAUGCGGAAAGAGCUUCACUGACGCUGGAUCGCAUAACAAACAUCUAAGGGCUCACACAGGAGAAAAACCAUAUAAAUGUCUAGAAUGUGGAAAAAGCUUUAGUAACGGUACAUACCUUUGUACACAUCAAAGAACACACACAGGGGAGAAACCAUACAAAUGCAUGGAAUGUGGAAAGGGCUUCAGUCAGAGUGCAGGUCUAUAUAUGCAUCAAAGAACACACACAGGAGAGAAGCCAUACACAUGCAUGGAAUGUGGAAGGAGCUUCAGUUGCAAUGGAAGUCUACGUACCCAUCAAAGAACUCACACAGGAGAGAAACCAUAUGAAUGCAUGGAGUGUGGAAAGAGCUUCAGGCAGAAUUCAAAUCUCCGUGUACAUCAAAAAACACACACGAGUGAAAAACCGUACAAAUGCAUGGAAUGUGAGAAGAGCUUCAAACAAAGAGGACAACUACGUGUACAUCAAUACACCCAUACAGGGGAGAAGCCAUAUGAAUGCAUGCAAUGUGGAAAGAGCUUCAGUAAUAGGAGAGCAUGUAAUCUACAUCAAAGGACUCACUCAGGUGAGAAGCCGUACAAAUGCAUGGAAUGCGAUAAAACGUUCGGUUACAUUUCAAAUCUAAACACACAUCUAAAAACACACAGAGGAGAGAAACCAUACAAAUGCAUGGUAUGUGAAAAGAGUUUCAGUCACACUUCUGUACUGCGUAUACAUGAAAGAACGCAUUCAGGAGACAAACCUUAUAAAUGUAUGCAAUGUGGAAAGAGCUUCAGUCAGAAGGGAAAUCUACAAGUACAUGAAAGGAUACACACAGGGGAGAGACCAUACAAAUGCACAGUAUGUGGAAUGGGUUUCUGUGAUAGUGGCUCAUGUAAUAAACAUCUAAGGACCCACACAGGAGAGAAACCGUAUGAAUGCCUGGAAUGUGGAAAGAGUUUCAGUUGCAGUUCAAAUCUACGUAUACAUCAAAGAACCCACACAGGGGAGAAACCUCAUGAAUGCAAGGAAUGUGGAAAGAGCUUCUCUAGUAGUAGCAGUUUGCAGUCACAUCAAAGAACCCACACAGGGGAGAAACCUUAUGAAUGCAUGGAAUGUGGAAAGAGCUUCAGGACCAGGGGAGACUUGCGUGCCCAUCAAAGGACCCACACGGGGGAAAAACCAUAUCAAUGCAUGGAAUGUGGAAAGAGCUUCAGCGACAGUGGACAUUUGCAUGCCCAUCAUAGGACCCACACAGGGGAAAAACCAUAUAAAUGCAUGGAAUGUGGAAAGGCCUUCAGCAGAGGUGAACAUUUGCGUUCCCAUCAUAGGACCCACACGGGGGAAAAACCAUAUAAAUGCAUGGAAUGUGGAAAGAACUUCAGCGACAGUGGACAUCUGCAUACCCAUCAUAGGACCCACACAGGGGAAAAACCAUAUAAAUGCAUGGAAUGUGGAAAGGCCUUCACAAAAAGUUGCUCAUAUAAUAAACAUCUAAAGACCCACAUGGGUGAGACCAUGUGAAUGCAUAGAAUGUGGAAUAAAAUUCAGUGGAAA